GCCAGGCUCGGCGCUGCAGGCUGAGCCACGUGACUAAACGCGGAACUUGAAGAAAUGCUGUGAAAACAGCAGGAAAAUGUCAAAGUAGCUGUUUCGGCGUGUUCAUCUCGACGGAGCGACUGCAGAAACGAGCUGGUCCCGAUGGCGAGCGCACCUCCGCUGGAGACAUCAGGUGCGGUGGGGUACGCACCCCCACCACCGUCCUACGAAGAGGCGAUGAAUGCAGGACCCCAGUAUCCGCAGGGGGCUCCCGUCUGUCCACCUCCUGGCUACAGCAAGGCACCUCAGGCUCCAUACCCAACUCAAGGCUACACGCAGUUGUACACGCCUCCUCCUCCUGGACCGCCGGUGACCACCCCCGUGGUGUCGGUGCAGACCGUAUACGUCCAGCCUGGCGCGUCGUUCGGUGAACUUCCCGUGCAGGUCUGUUGUCCCCACUGUGCGCAGUCCGUGCUAACACGCUUGGAGUACAAUUCAGGAACAAUGGCCUGGCUCACCUGUGCAGGCCUGUUCAUUUUCGGCUGUAUCUAUGGGUGCUGCCUGAUCCCUUUCUGCGUGGACUGUCUGAAGGAUGUGACCCACCGCUGCCCCAACUGCACCAGCGUUUUAGGAGUCUACAAACGACUCUGAUGUGGCCGUAUGGUGCUGUAACAGGAACCGAGCAUGUAUCCCACUGUAUUUUCACCAUUCCAUGUGUUUCUUUUUGCUGCAAAACUGAAAUAUUAAAGUGUCAGGAAAGGUAUAUUUACUUAGAUAUUUAUUUUAAUCAAUGUCUGCUAAUGGUUCCAGGUUUGUGGAUUUAAAAACAACAAUUGAUCAUUGUUUAAAAAAAAAAAAAAAAAAAAAAAAAAUCCCAGACUUGUGGGGACAGCUUUUUCUCUUCUUUUAAUACUGACGUUACUUGUGAGAAGACAGUCGGAUCAAAGUUCUUUCAUGUAAUCCAUGUAUUCACUUUCUUGUAUUCAUCCUUAACACAGCAGAUUCAGCUACUCAAGCUCUAUAAGCUUUUCACAAGGCAUGUUAUAGUCAGGAAAACGAGACCACUACACAAAACGAGACCAACAUUUUAUACCGCCCACCCUUAGACACGCAUGCCAUUAAACUUGAAAGUGCCUUAUUUAGUUACUCACCUGUUAAUUAUAUUAGUGUUAAGUAGUCUUGAAACAAGCGGAACCUUUUCUCUCAAAUAUUAUACACAUCAGACCGAAUGUCUGUCAGUUUACUUAAGCUACAUGAAGUUACCUUCACGUUUUAGUAGCUGUAAUGUGCUUUAACAGAUGAAUAAACUAAGUAUUAAA